UUUUUGUUGAUUGAUUCUAAAUUUUAAUUGUGAAGAGAUCUAGGGUUGUGCUCCUGAAGCUCACAAUCUGAAUAUCUGAACCGCAUUUCUUCCAUUUCGAUACAGCAGUAUCAACUUAAUGCAUUUCUUUUAAAGGAGGAAAGAAAAAUCAAACUUAGGAUCAGCGUUGAUCUCUGUGCGCAGUGAUUUGGUUUGUGAAUGAGAGAUACGGUAACGAGAUUGUUUUAGAUGAACAUGGAGGUCGUCACUGAUGUGGCGUCGUUGGACGUCGAAUUGUUGCUGCUCCCAGACUUUUCCGCUUUGGCACUUAAGUCUAACCACAAUUUCAUCGAGAAGCUCUUCGACCAAUGGUUGUCGCUUCCGGAAAGUAAUCGAUUGGUAACAUCGUUACUCAAUGAAGCAAAGUCAGGUGUUCCCUUGAAUGUCCCGGGGAAUUGCUCUAGUCCAAAUGCUACCAAUAAUUCUGCACCUUUCAUGUUUCCUGCUGGCACUGCUCCGCCUCUUUCACCAAGAACAUCUGGUUCCCCUCGCAUUCUGAAACAAAGAGUUGGCUUUUCCAAUUUGGGUUCCCCUUUGAAAGUUGUCAGUGAACCAGUUAAAGAAGUGAUACCACAGUUCUACUAUCAAAAUGGACGUCCACCUACAAAUGAACUCAAAGAACAGUGCUUGCUUAAAAUUGAUCGAGCAUUUCAUGGACAUAUGGAUGGCCUGCAGGUGCAUGAAUUCAAAUCAAUUACUAAGGAAGUUUGCAAGCUGCCAUCUUUUUUUUCCACUACUCUUUUCCGAAAGAUUGACAAUGGAACUGGUGUUGUGACAAGGAACGCAUUUGUUGAAUAUUGGAUUAAUGGCAACAUGUUGACAAUGGAUAUAGCUACGGUAAUAUUCAAAAUAUUAAAGCAACCACAGCUGAGUUACAUUACUCAGGACGAUUUUAGGCCUGUGCUACGUGAGCUUUUAGCAACUCAUCCGGGGCUGGAGUUCCUGCAGAGCACACCUGAGUUUCAAGAGAGAUAUGCUGAAACUGUAAUAUACAGAAUCUAUUAUUACAUUAAUAGAUCUGGAAAUGGUUGUCUCACUUUGAGGGAACUGAAGCGUGGAAACAUAAUUGAUGCAAUGAUGCAUGCUGAUGAAGAAGAAGAUAUCAACAAGGUUUUGAGGUACUUCUCUUAUGAGCAUUUUUAUGUUAUAUACUGCAAGUUUUGGGAGCUGGAUACAGAUCAUGAUUUCCUGAUAGACAAAGAGAAUCUUAUCAGAUAUGGUAACCAUGCGCUUACCUACCGAAUUGUUGAUAGAAUAUUUUGUCAGAUCCCAAGAAAGUUUACCAGUAAGGCUGGGGGAAAGAUGGGAUAUGAAGAUUUUGUUUAUUUCAUACUGGCAGAGGAGGAUAAACCGUCUGAACCAAGUCUUGAGUAUUGGUUCAAGUGCAUAGAUUUGGAUGGAAAUGGAGUUCUGACAAGAAAUGAACUGCAAUUUUUUUAUGAGGAGCAAUUGCAUCGGAUGGAGUGCAUGGCCCAAGAGCCUGUGCUUUUUGAGGACAUAUUAUGUCAGAUAAUUGACAUGAUUAAACCUAAGGAUGAUAGCUUUAUAACACUGCGAGAUCUGAAAGGUGGUAAACUUUCAGGAAGUGUUUUCAACAUCCUGUUCAAUCUCAACAAGUUCAUGGCCUUUGAAACUCGUGACCCAUUUUUGAUCCGUCAGGAACGUGAGAAUCCAACAUUGACAGAGUGGGAUCGAUUUGCUCAUAGAGAAUACAUCAGGCUUUCAAUGGAAGAAGACGUAGAAGAUGUCUCCAACGGAAGUGCGGAAGUCUGGGAUGAAUCACUGGAGGCUCCUUUCUAAAGCUAUUUUAGGUAAGUGUUUUUGAAAUAAGACUUUUCUUUUGACUUCUGACCAUGCUACAUGCUUAGAAGUUUGAUUUAUGUUUACUUGAAAGGUGAAAUCAGGAACUUGAGGUCUUCGUUCAGUGCAGUGUCUAUUCCCUCUUCUCUCUUUUUUUAACAUUCUGAAUUUCUCUUACUUUGGGCGUUGUAUAUAUGUGUGUAUGUGUGUAUGUGUGUAUUAGCACACAGGGAUGAAAAGAAAUUAAUGCCCCAUAACUGAUCGACUGGCCAUUAUUCAGAGACACUGGGCUCAGGAUCAGCUUUUAACUGGGACUGUGCCAAUUUUGCUUCAACUAGUGAGAAAUUCCGAAGCUAAGAAAAUGUGAUUUUGGUGGGCAAGUUCCAAAAAUAUUCUGAUAUGCUGGUAGUGAUAAAACUUUGAGCCAUUAUCAUGGAAGUUUUGUUGCCUUCUGUGGCCAUCCGUGCAAAAUGAGGACGUUUUCUGAGAAGAUUGAAUAUUAUUAACAUCAGUUAGUAUGUUAUUCGGGGGACCCAAGUUGUUAAGGAACAUAAGUAGCAAUAUUUUCUCAUCUUUGGAACUUUUAGUUGUUUGCUUCAGUGAUCGACCCCCUUUUGCCCCAGAUCUGUUGAGGAGUGCAUUUGUUUCAUCGUCUCUGGUUGCCGUCUUUCACUGAAUAUUUUUGUUAGGCAUCGAAGAAUUUAACUGAAUAUUUUUGUUAGGCAUCGAAGAAUUUAACGAGUAAUGCUAGACAAAUAAAAAUGUCACAAUUUUUUUUUCUGGAUGAUGAGAUUUAUCUUUCAAGAUGUAUGCAAGGAUUAUAUUGAUUCUUCCGUAUA